AGAUCCCACAGCACACCAGUUCUCAUUAUUUAGUUCCAGCACAUCAUCUAUUACAGGAAUAUUGUUUAGCGAAAUCGGCGACAUAAAGAUGAGUAACCCAAAUACAGGACCAUCCCAGAAUAACAAUCCAGUUGUUUUCUUUGAUGUCGCCCUCGGUGGCGAGCCUCUGGGUCGUCUUAAAAUGGAGCUUUUUGCGAAUACAACGCCUCGAACGGCUGAAAAUUUCCGUCAGUUCUGCACGGGCGAAAGCAAGAACCCCCAAGGACGACCUCAGGGCUACAAAAAUAGCAAAUUUCAUCGAGUAAUUAAGGAUUUUAUGAUCCAAGGGGGGGACUUUAUCAAUGGUGACGGUACAGGUUCCUGUUGCGUGUAUGGGACAGCAAAGUUCCCAGAUGAGAAUUUCAAACUCAAGCAUGAUCGCGCAGGUUUACUGAGUAUGGCGAAUUCUGGGCCAAAUACGAAUGGAUGCCAGUUUUUUAUAACUACGACUGCAACACCAUAUUUGAAUGGUCAACAUGUUGUGUUCGGCCAAGUAGUGGAAGGAAUGGACAUUGUACAAAUGAUUGAAAACACUCGCACCACGAGGGAAAAGCCAAACCAAGAUGUGACAAUCAUUCAGUGUGGUGAAAUGUAAAUAGAAACACCAUUGAAUUGCCCCAAAAAGAUAUAUUUUCCUUAAAAAAAUCAUAAAUAGCAAAUCAUCCUUGCAUACUCAAGGACAUAAAACUAAAGCUUAAAUCUACUGAGAUAUUCGGAAGCCAAAGUUAUAGCAUCAUCGACUUUGUCAGCGUUGAUGCCAUUGCCAAUGGAAGUCGGCCCUU